CUAUAAUUUUUCGGAACGUGUCGGCAACGAAAGGGCAGCUCGUCACCUACCUUCCUUGGUGUCUCUCUGCUCUUUAAACUUCACACAUCUCUCUAACACCGCACUUAAUGCGGCAUCUUGGGUUCAAGAUUGAGAGAGAGGGAGAGAUAUGGCUCUGAAUGCAUUCUACAAUUCAUGGCAGCUGCCCCCAUUGCUUCUGAAUGAUCAGAAGCUCGAUUUGGAGGCCAAAGCUUUGACCUUGAGCUUCAAACCCAAGGAGAACAAUGGCUCCUCCACUUCACCUAACGUUAAUGAUCCCCAGACCCCUUUGCCACCAGUUGAGUUGAAACCAUUACUACCCAAUCCUCCUAUUGAGUUGAGGAAAGAGUUUAUCUCCCUACCAAGACCAUUGUCUGUGACUGAUCUUGCUGCAUGUCCUAGCCAUGGCGCCCCAGUUCGAGUAGCUUAUCAGGGAGUUCCGGGUGCUUACAGCGAGGAGGCUGCUCUCAAGGCAUACCCCCAGUGUGAAGCGGUUCCUUGUGAUCAGUUUGAAGCUGCAUUCAAAGCGGUAGAGCUGUGGCUUGUAGAUAAAGCAGUUCUUCCCAUAGAGAACUCUCUAGGAGGAAGCAUUCAUCGUAAUUAUGACUUGCUCCUUCGCCAUAGGCUACACAUUGUUGGGGAGGUGCAAAUUCUUGUGAACCACUGCCUUCUAGGUCUGCCUGGAGUGAGAAGGGAGGAGCUAACACGCGUUCUGAGCCAUCCCCAGGCACUUGCUCAAUGUGAGAUUGCACUGAGCCAGUUGGGAGUUGUCCGUGAAAGUGUGGAUAAUAUUGCCGGUGCUGCGCAGCUUGUAGCUACACAGAGGUUAAGAGAUACGGGUGCGAUAGCUAGUGCUCGAGCUGCAGAGUUGUAUGGGCUUAUUAUAUUGGCAGAAAGAAUUCAGGAUGAUUUUGAAAAUGUUACACGGUUUCUGAUACUGGCUAGGGAACCUAUAAUUCCAAGAGGAGACCAGCCUUUCAAGACAAGCAUAGUCUUCACUCUUGAAGAAGGUCCUGGGGUACUUUUUAAAGCAUUGGCAGUGUUUGCCUUGAGGGAGAUAAAUUUGACAAAGAUUGAAAGCAGACCCCAAAGAAAAAGACCUCUGCGAGUUGUGGAUGACUCUAACAAUGGGAGUGCUAAGUAUUUUGAUUAUCUAUUUUACAUUGACUUUGAAGCAUCAAUGGCUGAUCCUCGUGCACAAAAUGCCUUGGGCCAUUUGCAGUUUUAUGUAGCAAAAGCAAGCCAAUCUCAGCAAGCUCACAAUGCUGUUGUGGGUUGCAGGAAUUUGCAACAUUCAUCCGGGUUCUUGGCUGCUACCCAAUGGACUGUACAGCACUAUAGACAUCAAUCCCUUUCUCCCACACUUCACUGGAAAAUAAAUAUUUGUUACAGCCCAUUUUUUGAUUGUUUAAUCAAUGAUGGCUCUGAGAACUGUCGACAGCACUUUUUUCUUCAGCCAGCUUCCUGCUGGACAUUGCAUGGGGGAACAUGUGCCAAUGCACGAUCGGAAGUACUUGGGAUCACCUAUGAAAACUUUCAGUAUUAAUCCUUUCUGUUAUUUGCUUUUGACUGAGAAUGUGUUUACAACUUCCCCUCGAGCACAAUGAGUAGAGUUAUAUAUGGCUUCCACAGGAUUUGGUCAUACUUG